CCUACUCGCGAAGUCAGCAGCUUAGGGUUUGGUUGACGCUGCCUGCCGUGGCGCGCGGCGGCACCGCACCGAUCUCCUCUCCCGCAAAUCGCCUUCGUCCGAUUCAAAUCGAAGCUGUAAAUAGAGCCGCGGUCGCCAUUGCUGGCCCCGACCUCUCGUGGAGGAGGUGAAAUUCCAGCCCCGUGGUAGUACUAUGUCGACGGCUUCAGCGGAUAAACGGAAGGGCUCUCCCGGUCAACAGGACGAUGAUCCCCAGGCCCAAGGCCGCAAACGAUUGAGAUCUUCAGUACCGGAUCUUCCAAAGGACAUCUGGCAUCAUAUACUGUCCCUUCUGCCACUGCCAGAUGCUGCGCGAGCUGGCUGUGUGUCUCAAACAUUUCGAAGCUCCUGGAGAUCCCAUCCUAACCUCACCUUAAGUAUGGAAACGCUGCGCCUGGAUGGACAUACAUGCAGAGAAGAUAAACUGGCACGGGUUUUCACCAAGAGAGUCAACCGCAUCAUGAGAAAACACUCUGGCGGCGUGAGGACAUUCAACCUUAGUUAUAAUUACCUUCGUUCUUUUCUGGACACCAGUUAUCUCAACAGGUGGCUUGAGAUUGCUGUUACUCCGGGGAUUGAAGAGGUCAAACUUUCAAUGCCUCUAGGACGCACCGCGGUUUAUUACGAGUUCCCAUGCCCGGUUUUAUCCAACGGGAAUGGAAACUCGAUUCGACAUCUUCACCUCAGCCGUUGCGCCUUCCAUCCCACGGCCGGGCUUGGUUGCUUGACAAGGCUGUUUCUGUUGGAGGUGCGCAUCAUGGGAGGAUGAGUUAGGGCAUCUUCUGUCCAGUUCUCUUGCUAUGGAAGAGUUGUGUCUCAAUAGUUGUGAUAAGAUAAUUCGCCUCAAGAUAUCUUGCCUGCUAAAUCGGUUCAGCUGCCUGUCAGUGUUUCAUUGCAAGUCUCUGGAAGUGAUAGAGAAUAGAGCUCCAAAUCUUUGCUUUGUUCGCAUUGAUGGCGCCGUAGAGAAACUUCCGGUUGGAGAUUUAUUGCAAAUGAAGAGACUGCACAUGUUGGAUUACUACGAAUCUGACCUUGUUCAUGAUGCUCGUUCCAAGCUUCCAUCAUUAUGCCAAAUCUUGAAACCCUCAACCUAUCUUCGGCUGGAUUGAUGUUCAAUACGCCAAUUUUAGCUGUCAAAUUCCUCUUCCUGAAGAACCUGCAGAUUGAUCUUAAUGAUGGACAGACGGGGGGCUUUUCCCCAUCCUAUGAUUAUUUUUCUCUAGCUUAUUUCCUGGAUGCUUGUCCUGUUCUGGAGAAAUUUGUCUUGGGUGUAUCACAAACUCGAGUAAAGCAUGAAUUGAUUUCUGAUGGAGACUCGAACAUGAGACGGAUGCCAGGACAUGUCCAUUGCAGCGUCAAGAAUGUCAGGAUAAUGGGCUUCUGCUCUGCAAAGAGCAUGGUCGAACUAACCUGCCAUAUUCUUGAGAAUGCAACCUCGCUCGAGCGCCUUACGUUGGACGCCGAAUACGACAAUAGUAGUUAUGGAGACGCUGAAAGGUCUUGUGUCGGGAAAAAAGGUGAAUGCAACCCGAAAAGCAGGAGUAUGAUCAUGCACGCCCACAAAGGGCUGGAGGUUAUUGGUAAAUAUGUCUUGGAGAAAGUUCCCUCCACGGUUCAGUUGAGUGUAAAGAAGCUCUGCAGCCGUUGCCAUAAAAUCAAGCCCAAGGGGUUUAGGUAUGAGUAUCGGACUACCAAUCCAUAGCGUCCUAUCGGGCGUUGAAUGGGAGCUUUCCCAUGAGAACGUGCGUCGUACCCUGGUCGUAGUUAGUCUUAGUUAAUUUUGAUUUGUUUCCUAGUAUCUGCUUCUUAGAAUCACGUCCGGUCUCCUUUUCAAGAACAAACCAGGCUGUUUUGAAAAUAAUUUGGUAAAUUAUCUUU